CGGCAGAGAAGGGCCCGGCACCGUCGCGGCCGCUGCCGGCGAUGCGGUCGCCCAGCUGAAGGCGCGGCGCGGUCCGCUGCAAGCCCGCGGGGGCCGCCCGCCAGCCGCCGGGCCAUGGCCGUCCGCGGCGGCAACGCCCUGACGCCUUUCUCCAUCCAGGCCAUCCUCAACAAGAAGGAGGAGCGCGCCCGCCACGCCGCGGGGCGGCCGCCGCCACCCGGGCCGGCCGGUGGCUGGAGGCUGUGCGGAGCCGCCGAGGGCCCGCCUCUCCCAUCGCCCGCACCCCGCGUCCCGGCACCGCGGACGCCAGCGGGCUGGGACUCGGACUCUGCGCUUAGCGAGGACCCUGAGGGCGAGCGGCGCUCAGAGGAGGAGAGCGCCGGUGCCAGCACCCGCCCCGCCGAAGUCACAGGCAGCGGGCGGCCAGCGGUGGCAGAGGAGGCGCAACCCCCAGAGGCGGCGGAGCGGGACGCCGCCGGCCUCAGUGACAGUGAGAUGUCGGCCGCCGUCUCGGAUCGCAGCCCCCCGGAGGAGGAGGACGGAGCGGGCAAGUGCGGGAAUCUGUUGCCAGGAGAGGAGGAGGCAGCUGCGCCGAAGCCGCGGAAGAAGCGCUCCCGCGCAGCCUUUUCCCACGCGCAGGUCUUCGAGCUGGAGCGGCGUUUCAACCACCAGCGGUACCUGUCGGGGCCCGAGCGGGCCGACCUGGCCGCCUCGCUGAAGCUCACCGAGACACAGAGACUCGAUCUUGUGUGGGACAAAGAGAGAGGAGGAAAAAAAGUAGAGGAGAAAAAAACCUCAAACAAAAGCAACCAACCCGCAAAACCAAACGCAGCUCAAAAGAGGAGAUCAAGGACUCCCUCGGUGGAUUGUAAGGAAGAUUAUUUUUGACGUCUGUUUGAGUCCUUAGUCUUCCAACUUGUUGCAAACUGAUUGUGCCUUGUAUGGUGCUGAAUGUAAGGAAGCCUCUUUCAGAUCCCCCCUGCUCUUGUUGCCCAUGUUAUUCCUGUACUCCGUGAGCCUUGGCAAAGGAAAAAUAUGUCACCAAAGGGUGAGACUUACAUUGAAACGCCAGAUUUCUUUUCUUUUUUUUUUUUUCCUGAGAUCUUUCCGUGUUCGGGGAGGGAGGAGUUAUGGAUUUUUCGCACUUUCCAGUUGUAUUAAAAUUGUUAUUAUUAUUUUUAUAUUCAAUGUGAAUAUUUCUAGUCAGGCUUUUUAAGAAAUCGAUGUAAUGGGAAAUCCUAAUACCAUCAGUGCCUUUUAGAGUUCUUCUGCAGCCCUCUCCUUCAGGGGUGGGGAUUUCAGAUCUGCUCAGCAAUGUAAUUACACUCACUUUCUUUCAAGGUAACUCAUUGUUUUCUACUUUUUUCCCUUCUUUUUUUUUUUUACCCCCUCCCUUUCUCUUUCAAUGGCACUGUGCACUCAACUAGAUUAUUUACUUCGAAUGAAUUGUGAAUGUUUGUAAGCUACCCGCUGUACUUUUGGGGUGGUAUUUUUUUUUCCUUUUUAAUUUAUAAACUUUAGUUUAACACU